GCGGGGAGGGAGACGCACCGCCAUGGCCGCCGCCGCCGCCCGCGCCCGGGUCGCGCACUUGCUGAGGCAACUGCAGCGCGCAGCAUGCCAGUGCCCAACUCAUUCUCAUACUUACUCCCAAGCUCCUGGACUUCCAGCUUCUGGAAAAACAACAGAUUAUGCCUUUGAGAUGGCUGUUUCAAAUAUUAGAUAUGGAGCAGGAGUUACAAAGGAAGUAGGCAUGGACCUGCAAAACAUGGGUGCUAAAAAUGUUUGUUUGAUGACAGACAAGAAUCUCUCCCAGCUCCCUCCUGUACAAGUGGUUAUGGAUUCCCUAGUGAAGAAUGGCAUCAACUUUAAGGUUUAUGAUAAUGUGAGGGUGGAACCAACGGAUAGAAGCUUCAUGGAAGCUAUUGAGUUUGCCAAAAAGGGGGCUUUUGAUGCCUACGUUGCUGUGGGUGGCGGCUCCACCAUGGACACCUGUAAAGCUGCUAAUCUGUAUGCAUCCAGCCCUCACUCUGAUUUCCUGGAUUAUGUCAAUGCCCCCAUUGGGAAGGGAAAGCCCGUGUCUGUGCCUCUUAAGCCUCUGAUUGCAGUCCCAACUACCUCAGGAACUGGGAGUGAAACUACUGGAGUUGCCAUUUUUGACUAUGAACACUUGAAAGUAAAAACUGGCAUUGCUUCCCGAGCCAUCAAACCCACGCUGGGACUGAUUGAUCCUCUGCACACCCUGCACAUGCCUGACCGGGUGGUCGCCAACAGUGGCUUCGAUGUGCUUUGCCACGCCCUAGAGUCCUACACUGCCCUUCCCUACCACAUGAGGAGCCCCUGCCCUUCAAACCCCAUCACACGGCCCGCAUACCAGGGCAGCAACCCAAUCAGCGACAUUUGGGCAAUCCACGCGCUACGGAUCGUUGCUAAGUAUCUGAAGAGGGCUGUCAGGAAUCCUGAUGAUCUGGAAGCGAGGUCUAACAUGCACUUGGCAAGUGCUUUUGCUGGCAUUGGCUUUGGAAAUGCCGGGGUUCAUCUGUGCCAUGGAAUGUCUUACCCAAUUUCAGGCUUAGUGAAGACAUAUAAAGCAAAGGAUUAUAAUGUGGAUCACCCACUGGUGCCUCACGGCCUUUCUGUGGUGCUCACCUCCCCAGCAGUGUUCUCUUUCACGGCACAGAUGUCUCCUGAGAGGCACCUGGAAACAGCAGAAAUAUUGGGAGCUGACACCCACACUGCCAGGAUCCCAGAUGCUGGGCCUAUUUUGGCAGACACACUCCGGAAAUUCUUAUUCGAUCUGGAUGUUGAUGAUGGCCUAGCUUCCAUUGGUUACUCCAAGGCUGAUAUCCCCGCAUUAGUGAAAGGAACACUGCCCCAGGAAAGGGUCACCAAGCUUGCACCACGCCCUCAGUCAGAAGAGGAUCUGUCUGCCCUGUUUGAAGCUUCAAUGAAACUGUAUUAGGUUUUGUUUUCACUGAACUGGGAAUUCAGAAUUACCAUUGGCCAUCACAGUUAUGAAGACAGAAGCUGAUCCAGCCAGAGCUUUGACUUUUCAUCUCCACAGAUAACUUACCUGUUUCCAGUUGUAAUAUGAUAUAGAUUCAUCCUGCAGAAGAUUCCCUGAUGCUCAAAGUCAAGCUACUUCCAUAAAACAGGCUGGACAAGUGCCCACUAUGUCAGACCUUGGGCCCAACUUCAGGCGUCCAUGUUCCUGCCCCAAACCCCACAGAUUGCCACUGCUCCAUUUAUCAAAUGGGCAAAAACUCAGUAUCUGUCAAAUGUAAACGCACAUAUCCUGUGCCCAGUAAUCACAUGUCUAGAAAUUUGUCCUAUAGAACUAACACAAGUGUGUAAAGAAACAUGGCCAGGAUGUUUCAGGAAGCACUUUUUCUAAUAAUAAAAGAUUUAGGGGCCGGCCCGGUGGCACAGUGGUUAAGUGCGCACAUUCUGCUUCUCGGCGGCCUGGGGUUCGCCGGUUCGGAUCCCAGGUGCGGACAUGGCACUGCUUGGC